GACAGUCCACUUAGCCAUACAGCGGUCGAAUCUGUGGAGAUUUUGCAAAUGAAGGAGGAGGAACGCCAAUCAGUGAGGAGUGCGGCAGGGUUCGCCUUGAGGCCCCCGCGGGAUGGUUAUCUCUCGCCUGAAGGACCCCUCCCCACGGGUGAUCAGUGUCAGAACUGAGUGUAUUAGAGGUGGUGAAUGAAGUGUUAGAGAUUCCAUUUUGCUUUGAAAAAAAUCUUAUCAAGGUUUCGUCUCAAAUAUUAUAUAUAUAUAUAUUAAAGAAGGAGACUUGCCGAAAGGAAAUUCCAGAAUGUUCGAAGAAGCGAGCGAAGUGUUUGACAAUAUGUUCAAGGGCUCUUUCCCAUUGACUUUCAUAGUCUUUAUUCCGGCGGUGUUGAUAUUGGUCUCCCCGCUGCCUAUAGAAGCUGCCCAUGAGUUUACAGUGUACAGAAUGCAACAGUAUGACUUGCAGGGACAGGCCUAUGGUACAAGGAAUGCCAUGCUGAACACAGAGGCUCGAACAAUUGAAGCAGAUGUACUGAGCCGCCGGUGUAUAAUAAUGAGGCUAGCAGAGUUUUCCUUUGAAAAGUUUCAGGAAGCCAUACGACAGAGUGCAGGGGCAAUUGUGAUAAUUCUGCCCCAAAACAUGUCGACAAUGCCUCAGGAUGUCAUUCAGCAAUUCAUGGAGAUUGAGCCAGAGCUGUUGGCAACUGAGACAAUUGUGCCAGUGUACUUUGCUUUGGAGGAUGAUGAACUCUUGUCAAUACAUGAACAAACAAAUUCAGCUUCUGUCUCUCAAGGCACCGCUUCAGCUGCAGAAGUCCUUUUGCACACAGCCACAGCCAAUGGCUUCCAGAUGGUUACAAGUGGGACCCAAAGCAAAGCCAUUAGUGAUUGGUCAAUAACCAGCCUUGAGGGCAGAUUGACUGGCCUGGGUGGAGAGGAUCUUCCCACCAUUGUAAUUGUAGCGCACUAUGACUCCUUUGGAGUGGCUCCUUGGCUGGCUUACGGUGCUGAUUCAAAUGGUAGUGGUGUAGCAGCUUUACUAGAACUGGCUCGACUAUUUUCCAAACUCUAUACUUACAAGAGGACACAUGCUGGAUACAAUAUCCUGUUCUUUGUAUCCGGGGGAGGCAAAUUCAAUUACCAGGGCACAAAACGGUGGCUGGAGGAUAACCUGGAUCAUACAGAUUCCAGCCUCCUUCAGGAUAACGUUGCAUUCGUUUUGUGCCUCGAUACGUUAGGCAAUGGUGAUAGUCUUUACCUUCAUGUCUCAAAGCCACCGAAGGAAGCCACUCCACAGCACACCUUCCUGAAAGAGCUGGAAACAGUGACCUCCAGGUUUCCAGAAGUGAAAUUCUCCAUGAUCCAUAAAAAAAUCAACUUGGCCGAAGACAUGUUGGCCUGGGAGCAUGAACGAUUCGGAAUUCGUCGGUUACCAGCAUUCACAGUAUCCCGCCUAGAAAGCCAUAAAAACAGCCUUCGGACCAGUGUUAUGGACAUGAGGUCCCAGAUUAGUACUCAGAAAUUAUGUCGCAAUACCAAAAUAAUUGCUGAGGCACUGGCAAGAGUAAUUUACAACUUAACAGAGAAGGGUGCCCCAGAGGACCUUCAAAUCUUCACCGAGCAAAUGCAAUUACAGGAGGACCAGCUAUCGUCCGUACUUGACUGGCUAACAGCUCAGCCAAGGGCAGCGCAGCUCGUUGAUAAGGACAGCACCCUGAUCUCCACAAUGGAGUAUUACAUGAGUCGAUACUUGAAAGAUGUCAAACGCCAUCAUGUGAAGGCAGAUAAAAGGGAUCCAGAAUUUCUCUUCUAUGAUCAGCUGAAACAGACCAUGAAUGCGUACAGAGUGAAACCUGCCAUCUUCGAUCUGUUGUUGGCGUUGUGUAUAGCAGCAUAUCUAGGAGUUACUUAUUUUAUUGCUCAGAAUUUCGGUUUCAUUUAUAACACAGUACGGAGGAUAACACUGAAGCCAAAGCAGCAUUAAUGUUCAAAGUCCUCUGCUCUUGGUACUUUCAAAUCAUAAAAGGAUUCUUCCAAUACAACCGCCUUAUCUCGUGGUAUGGCUGGAUCUGAUCUACAGCACUGAGCCAAAUCUUUGUGAUUAUGCAGCAUCAGCAACUUCCUAAGGGUUGGAAGAUGUUCUGUAAAUAAUGGCACUAUUGCUAUUUCACUGCUACAACCACACAAAAAACUAUUUUAUUUUAACCUAAAUACAAUCCACGUGAAGCACUACCCAAAACCUGGUCACCUGUCCUCCAUUGGAGAAUUUGUAUAUUAAGAAUCCCCAACAUAAUGUCAAUCCAGGUUUGAAUGCAUGAAUAUAUGUUUGCUGGUUGUAAUUUGUUUAAUUCUGUUAGCUGUAAGGGUCCUGAUAAAUAAAUGAGUGAUGAACACAGGAUA